AUGAAGGCGUUUCUCAGUGAUUUACAGUUUAGUAGCUUAACGAGGGAGGAGCCUUCAGUCAUCCAAGCUUCAGUCAUAGACAAGAUCGUCAAUGCAUACUACAGCAAGGAGACUCAGCCAUCGGCGGGGCCGACCGAUUUGGUAACGCAGUUGAUGCAAAACGAUGCUAAGCUCAUGGCAGAGAUAGAGAGCCUCCAGUCCACCCUCAGCGUUGCUCUAGCGCGAAUGCGUGAGCUAGAACUGCAGAACUCAGAACUCAUGAAGCGUGUCUUGCAAUUGCAAGCAUCUCCUGAUAGGGUGGCCGGAAAGACGCGGUCAGCACAAGACAGCUACGUCUUGACAGAUGACUUAACAGUUCACAGCCUGCACAUGUCUCCUCUUGUAUGA